AGGCGCAGCCAUGUUGGGAACAUUAGAAGGGAACCAACACCACGACCAGAAAGACGGUAACAUCUAGGUUCGGCAGCGGCGUGUCUUAACACCUUAACACCACCACCAUGGCUGACCCGGAAAAACAGCCCGAACAACCAAAGGCUGUCCAGCUGAAGCUGGUCAUUGCUAACAAAGUGACCGGGACUGUAAAAUGGUUCAACGUGAAGAGUGGCUAUGGAUUUAUCAACAGGAACGACACCAAGGAGGAUGUGUUCGUUCAUCAAUCGGCCAUCGUGAAGAACAAUCCGAGGAAGGCUGUACGCAGCGUCGGUGACGGAGAAGUGGUCGAAUUCGACGUGGUGAUAGGCGAAAAGGGUCACGAAGCGGCCAAUGUUACCGGUCCAUCCGGGGAAGCGGUAAAAGGUUCACCCUACGCUGCCGAUAAGCGUCGCGGAUACCGCGGAGUUCAUUGGUACAUCAAUCAAAGACGUGGGAACGCUCGGGCUCAACGCAGACCUCGGGAAGGUCAGGACGGUUACGAAGCCGGUGAGGGUCAACCCGGAGACGAAGUGAUCGUUGGCGAGGGUGGCGGGCAGCAGCAGCGACGUUACAGGGUUCGCCGACAAUACGAUGGUUAUUAUCGCGGCUCGCGUCGCUCUGGGCCACCGGCGCAACAGCAAGGCGACAAGUCCGGCGAGGGUGGCGAACAGGGUGGAGAGUCUGCCGGCGAAGGUGGAAUGCCUCGAGGUGGCGGCCGCGGACGUGGCGGGCCCUCUCGCCGCUUCUUCCGUCGCAACUUCCGUGGUGGAAGAGGCGGUGGUCCUCCGCGACGUCCUCGCAGCCAGGACAACCAAGUAAAAUCGGAGCAGAAGUCGGAUGCACCUAAUGAUAAGGAUGCACCUGCCGCUGCCCCUGCUCCACAGGAAAGUCAGCCGGUCCAAAACACCACCACCGAGAGCACUGCUUAACCAAGAGUAAUGAUAUCACUACAAUAAAAAAAACACUCCUUUUAAUAUAUAACACCAACACCCGUUAUACACCGAGCAACAGCAGCAGCAGCAGCAGCAGCAACAAAGCAACAACAUAACAUAACAAUCUAAAAAAGUAAAAAAAAAAAUAACAAAAACAAAAAAACAAAAACGUAAAGCGAAGAAGAGAAAUUGGCGUGACACCGCUCCACGCUCUUCCCACCAAUCGGGAGAAACUAUUUCGAAACACGCGUAUGAAGAUCGUGGAUCGACUACCGAGCGAAGCUAGCGAACAUUUUAAUCGGACUUACUGCCGCGCGACAGUUUUGUACCAGGAAAAAAUUUUUUAGAUUCCCCGUGCGAUUCUCUUUAGCUGGGUGAUAGUAACGUAGUCGAGCCGCGCGCGGUUUUGCAAUUUCGCGACUAGGGGGAUGAUCGUGUGCACGGCGGCGGUGAUGAAGGGGUAACGAGAAUUGCGACUGCGACGAAUUGUUUUGGUGUACGCGAAAAGAUUGGACAGGGCGGCGAUCAGGCCAAUUAGAGAACAGUGCGGAAGGGAGAAGCGACGAAAGGCGAAGAGAAGAAAUCACGAUGAUGGGAUAUGCACGUACGAACGUCGAUCAGGCGAAAGUGGUAAUUUUUGUUCUUGUUUUUUGCGUAUUCUCAUUAAGUUUCAUAAUGUUUUUAAUUUUUCCGCAACGGAACGAAUUCGAUCGUUUUAUGCAUGUAUACGUACAUGUGUUCACGCACGUACAUAUAUAUGCAUAAAAAUAUAUAUAUAUAUAUAAAUAUAUAUUGUAAUAUCUGUGUCUUUGAGUUUGUAAUGCGAUGCACGCAGAAUUUUUCUCUUGUCCGUCUAUGGUACCGUAUUUGGUAAACGCUUGCCAGUGAUCGUGCCGACUUCAUCAUUUUAGUUUCACUCGAAAUUGUUCCGUUUACAAUCUUUUUUUUUUCGUUUUUGUAACGCGAUUCUUUCGAACAAAAUCUGUCGUGUCGCUUGUGUCCUUUCGGCCCCUGUCUUCUUCCUUUUUCUUAAUUUUCUUCUCAAAGUGCACAGCUUACACCAUGAAUCGAAACGCGAGAAUUAUAUCGCAAUUAUACGCGCGAUAGCAGCUCCUGAAAAAAUUCUCUGCCCGAUUGUGUUUUCUGCCAAAAUCAAGAAAUGAAAUGGAGAAGUAACGCGAUCGGUGCCCCUGGUGGGUGUCGUAUGAAAAAUCAGAUUAAUAAGGAAACAUUUGUCCGACGAUUAGUAAACGAUAUUAAUCGCGCGUUACGAAUUGACCGUGAAUCGGUUCGACUCUUUUCCCUGUCAAACUCCGAAUCGCAUAUUCGGAGAUCCCGGAAUUUCGAUGCCGCGACUCGAUUGACGAUACAAACCUGCCGGUUUGUCAACGGAACGCGUCACACGAAAUUGAGUGAUGAAUGAGAGAGAGAGAGAGAGAGAGAGAAUGGGAGAUAGAACGAGAAGUAACGGUGGAUGCAAUAACGCGAGAAGACUAAAGAAAUUUAUACGGUUUUGCUUGAUGGAAGCAUUUUUUAAAUUUUAGUAUGUAGUUCUGUCGUCGGAAAAUAAAAUGUAUACGUUUCAUUUCUCCAAAAUUUGACACUUUCAAAUUCAACGCGUAUCUUGUCGAUUAUUAUUUCGAGCGUACGAGAUCCGUUUCGUUUUCUGUGUCCCUGUCUUCGUCGCAAUCGUCGUUGGUCGCUAUUGUCGUUGUCCAUAGUCAUAGUCGUCCCAAGAUAAAAGUUUUCGCGGCGCGUUUAUUACAAUAGAAACGGGAGGGGCGGGAGGGGGAGUACGCCUGGCGUAAAACGAGGUAACGUGCGUUCGCGUUCUGAAACGCAGUCGAUAGGAAAAAACGGUAGAUGUGCAUUACUCGAUCGAAAUUAGCGCGAACGAGCGUUACCGUGAGAAACGAAUUGGAAAUUUAAGAGGCCGCGAAAGGCAGUCGCGAGAACAAAGGAGGUAUGCGACUAUUUGGUGUGGAACAUUGUAACUGAAUGGGAAAAAAGAACAAUGCAUGUGUUGAUAGUGAACAUUGGAAAAUUAAAACGAAACAGAAUAGAAACGACGAAAGUGUAAGAAAAAUCGGACUAGCGUACGCGCGCGCCCGUGCCCGCGCGCGGAUUGUACAGGUGAUUUUCGAUGUUGGAAGUCGGUCUCGUUUUGGGGUGAACAGCGAGAACGAGGGAAAUUAGGAUCGGACGGUCUCGUUUCGUCUCUAGAAAUGCCGGUCUUUCGUAUAACACGAGAGCGAGAGGAUAUCACUGAAUACCAGUCGAUACGACAGUCAAUUAGUUUUAAUUCAGUUUCCCGAGAGGAGAGAUCGAGAUGAAAAUACCGCUGUACACCAUCCUGGAUUACAUAGGGUGGUCUUGCUGGCCGGGUCGAAAUACCAGAAAAGAAGAAGACACCUGUAUCUUGAAAAAAAAGGAACAAGCGCGUGAUUUAAUUACGACUAAAAAAAACAGACGCGGACAACGCGCGUCCACCGACUGAAAUCGCCCCGAUCCAUCCUCCUUUCCUCGCCCUCCCAUCCGCUCAUCUCUAACCCAUUUUGAUCCUGUUCCAUCCCUAAUCGCAUGCCCAUCUUUUUAACGACCGACAGCCCACUCUUCGAACCCAGUGAAUUUUGUACCGAAACGUGAAACUUUGAAAAGCUACUUUCAUAUAUGGAAUUUAAUUUUUUCACGAAACAUGUGCAUUAUAAAAAAUAAAUGCCAAAAAAAUCGCAAAACUCACGAA